ACAUAAACGUUGUUCUCUCGUUUGUUGCGGAAAAAUACUAAGAAAGAAGUUUGCAAUUGCAAAUUGGAAUAUAUAAAUAUUUGGCCAACUCAACAGUGUGAUUUCUCUCUCUUGGACUCGCUCCAUACCUAACCAUUCAGCUCGCAGAGCACCACUCACUCACUUCUUUCUCGUUCUCCCUUUUCAUCUUCUUCGCUGAACCCCUUUUUUCCUAACAGCAAUGGGAGACGAGAAGAAGCCCAAGGCUCCUGUUUCUGGCGUCUGGUCUACCAUCAAGCCUUUCGUCAAUGGCGGUACUGCCGGCAUGCUCGCCACCUGCGUCAUUCAGCCAAUCGAUAUGAUCAAGGUGAGGAUUCAACUGGGGCAAGGAUCGGCUGGGCAGGUCACUUCCAACAUGCUCAAGAAUGAGGGAGUUGCUGCCUUUUAUAAGGGUCUAUCUGCUGGAUUACUCAGGCAGGCUACAUACACCACUGCUCGUCUUGGAUCGUUUAAAAUCUUGACAAGCAAAGCAAUUGAGGCUAAUGAGGGAAAGCCCCUGCCACUGUAUCAGAAAGCUCUGUGUGGGCUGACUGCUGGUGCUAUCGGAGCAACUGUGGGUAGUCCAGCAGAUUUGGCACUCAUUCGGAUGCAGGCUGAUGCAACUUUACCGGCUGCUCAGCGCCGUAACUACACAAAUGCUUUCCAGGCACUCUAUCGAAUUGGUGCUGAUGAAGGGGUUUUGGCGCUUUGGAAAGGUGCCGGGCCUACUGUUGUAAGAGCCAUGGCAUUGAACAUGGGAAUGCUUGCAUCCUAUGAUCAAAGUGUUGAAUUCUUCAGAGAUUCUGUUGGUCUUGGUGAAGCUGCUACUGUGCUAGGUGCAAGUUCCGUUUCUGGAUUCUUUGCAGCAGCUUGCAGUUUGCCAUUUGACUAUGUGAAGACCCAGAUUCAGAAGAUGCAACCUGAUGCUGAUGGAAAAUAUCCAUACACUGGAUCUCUUGAUUGUGCUGCCAAAACCUUCAAAGCUGGAGGACCUUUCAAAUUUUACACUGGAUUCCCCGUCUAUUGUAUUAGGAUUGCUCCUCAUGUCAUGAUGACAUGGAUCUUCCUGAACCAGAUUCAGAAAUUUCAGAAAGGCUACGGGUUGUAGUUCUUGAUGCAUUUUGUGUUGAAUUCAAGCUUUGAGCAUUGAAUAAUUUGUUGGCUGUGUUGUAGCCCUUUUUGGCAGCUAAACACCAAUAGAGCUGAUCAUUUUUUAAGUUUAUUAAUGAUGCGACUGAAGCAAGGGAUUUGCAUACAAAACAUUGUAUUAGUGAUACAUCAUAGAAUUGGAUGCGGCUGGAGCAGAGUAGUACAAUUCCAUUUUUAGCAUUGAGAAAAACUUGUGGAGAUAUCUAAACCUAGAAUAAGCACUCUAUCUCACACACCCUCUCAUCGAAGUUUUGUAAUUUCAUUCAACUUGUGCAACUAUUUUUAUUUUCUUA